AACCAAAUAUAUACACAAUUCAAAGUAAUAAAGCACAUCAAGCAUGGAAUACUACACAUUUUCUCAAGAGUUUGCCGAAAACGAACGUGCACCGGGAAAGCAUCACGUUAAGAAGACGUGGGUUAAAGAACGUUAUGAGAGUGAUGAAGAAGAUGGUUCGAGAGAGGAAGAGGUGAACCAAAUGAUCAUAAAAGAAGAAGAAGAUGAAGAAACUAAAGGUAUGGUGAUGUCAUCUAGUACGAUGCUAACAAGUAAGGUGAAGUAUCUCAACUAUGGAGCUCUCAAACAUGAUACGCCACCGGCAGCGUCUAGUGGUGGAGGAAGAGUCAUGCCUCCUCCGUCGAACAGAUACCACCGUGGCCAUCCCAAGUACUACAGAUGCAGGGGUUGAACCGUUGAAGUGAAAAAUCUCCGGAGAUUAAUCAAAUUUCGAAUUAAUAUAUGAAUGAUAAAUAAGUUUGGUAAGUAUAUAUAUUUACUUUCCAUGCAAAAUGUUUCACCAUAUGCUUGUAAGUGGUAAUUUCUGUUGCGAAAUAUUAAUAUCUACUAAGAGAAAAAAAUAAUAUGAAUGAUACAGUACUUAUAUAGUAAUUUGGUCA